CGGCGUCGCUUUGCACAGCGUCGCCGCCUCCACAGGCGGAGACCCCGAGCUAGAGUGGCCGCGGACUGGCCGGCGGGCCGCCGCGAUGUUUCCCAAGGAGGCGACGUUUCCCAAGGAGACGACGUGGAACAUUUCGUUCGCGGGCUGCGGCUUUCUGGGUGUCUACCAUAUCGGAGUGGCCUCCUGCCUCCGUGAGCACGCGCCCUUCCUGGUGGCCAAUGCCACGCACAUCUACGGCGCCUCGGCCGGGGCGCUCACCGCCACGGCGCUGGUCACCGGGGCCUGCCUGGGUGAGGCCGGUGCCAACAUCAUCGAGGUGUCUAAGGAGGCCCGGAAGCGGUUUCUAGGCCCGCUGCACCCUUCCUUCAACCUGGUGAAGACCAUCCGUGGCUGCCUGCUUAGGACCCUGCCGGCUGACAGCCACGAGCGUGCCAACGGGCGCCUGGGCAUCUCCCUGACCCGCGUCUCAGAUGGCGAGAACGUCAUCAUAUCCCACUUCAACUCCAAGGAUGAACUCAUCCAGGCCAAUGUCUGCAGCACCUUCAUUCCUGUGUACUGCGGUAUCAUCCCCCCCACCCUCCAGGGCGUACGCUAUGUGGAUGGUGGCAUCUCAGACAACCUGCCGCUCUAUGAGCUCAAGAACACCAUUACAGUGUCCCCCUUCUCGGGCGAGAGUGACAUCUGCCCGCAGGACAGCUCCACCAACAUCCAUGAGCUCCGCGUCACCAACACCAGCAUCCAGUUCAACUUGCGGAACCUCUACCGCCUCUCCAAGGCCCUGUUCCCGCCAGAGCCCAUGGUGCUGCGGGAGAUGUGCAAGCAGGGCUACCGGGAUGGCCUGCGCUUCCUGCGGAGAAACGGCCUCCUGAACAGGUCCAAUCCGCUGUUGGCACUGCCCUCUGCCAGCCCUCGUGUCCCCGAGAACAGAGACGAGGAGGAGGCCUUGGUGGCCGCGGAGAGGACCAGAGUGGAAGGGCACCUGCCCCCGACCGGGCAGGACCACAUCCUGGAGCAUCUGCCUGCGCGGCUCAAUGAGGCCCUGCUGGAGGCCUGCAUAGAGCCCAGGGACCUGCUGACCACUGUCUCCAACAUGCUGCCCGUGCGUCUGGCCACCGCUAUGAUGGUGCCCUACACUCUGCCACUGGAGAGUGCCGUGUCCUUCACCAUCCGCCUGCUGGAGUGGCUGCCCGACGUCCCGGAGGACAUCCGGUGGAUGAAGGAGCAGACCGGCAGCAUCUGCCAGUACCUGGUGAUGCGUGCCAAGCGGAAGCUGGGCAGCCACCUGCCCUCGAGGCUGUCGGAGCACAUGGAGCUGCGCCGCGCUCAGUCGCUGCCCUCCGUGCCGCUGUCCUGCGCAGCCUACAGCGAGGUGUUGCCUCGCUGGAUGCGCAACAACCUCUCACUGGGAGACGCGCUGGCCAAGUGGGAGGAGUGCCAGCGCCAGCUGCUGCUGGGCCUUUUCUGCACCAACGUGGCCUUCCCGCCCGAAGCCCUGCGCAUGCGCGCCCCCGCCCACCCCGCCCCGGCGCCCCCGCAGCACCCGCCAGGCUUGCCCCCUUGCUGAGCGCCCCUGCACACGCCUUCGCUGUCCCCUGGGGUCCCAUUGCUGAGGGCCAGGUCCCCAGCUUCCCUGGCCCAUGAGGCGGGGCCCUGGGGCCAACUGAGCUCCCCCGCCUCGGCGUCUCCAUGCCCCCGUGGAUUGAGGAGAUGGGGCCCUCACCGCUGAGAGAAGGGGCUUUGCUGGCGACACCUCCCCCAACCGCUCACCUGCCGCACUGCGUAGGCAGGCGGCUCACCUGUGCCUUCAUCUCCCUCUUCCAGUCCCGCCCUAGGGCUGGGCAGGGCUGGGUAAGGGGCCUAGGGUAGGGGCUGGCAGCCCGCUACCGCGCAGUAUUACUCCUGAGAACUCUGACCCUGCUCACCCCGCGCACUUUUCAUUUUUUUGUUCAAGAAAUGUGUGUGAAAAGUUAUUUAUUUUCGCCGAAGCUGAUGUAAUAAAUACCGCAGCUCAG